AAGUGAGGUUAUGUCAUUAGCAACAAAAAUAAACGUCAGAUUGUUUGCUCCACAAUUUUGAACAAUUAAACGAGUUAAACACCUGGUUAAACAGAUAUUUAAAUCAAGGCUGACAAGAAAUGGCUAUGAUGCCUGGUAGAUUGGGCAUGGUUCCUGGUAUUCCAGAGAAUCCUCUAAGUCUUUCGUGGCAUGAUUCAGCCUGGAUCCCCAUUCUCAACACAUCAAAUGUAAUGGAUUAUUUUUCAGAACGUUCCAACCCAUUUUUUGAUAGAACUUGCAAUAAUGAGAUUGUAAAAAUGCAACGUUUGACGCCUGAUCAACUCCAGAAUAUGACUGGUUUGGAAUAUGUUUUGCUCCAUGUCCAAGAACCCAUAUUGUAUGUAAUUAGGAAACAACACAGACAUACUCCUCAACAAGCCACACCUAUAGCUGAUUAUUAUAUUAUAGCAGGUGUUGUGUAUCAAGCACCAGACUUAGCAAGUGUUUUAAAUUCUCGAUUGUUAUCCACAGUUCACCACUUACAAUCCUCAUUUGAAGAAGUUGCAAGUUUUGCUCGAUAUCACCCCAGUAAAGGAUAUUCAUGGGAUUUUAAAUCACAAAAAUCGUCAGAUAAAAAAAAUAAAGAUGAGAAACCACGGGAGGAACCUAGCUCUCUUUUUCAGAGGCAAAGAGUUGACAUGUUGUUGGGUGAACUUAUUAAAAAGUUUCCUCUACCAACGCCUCCUCAACCAAAGGUUACGCCGGCACCUCCUGCAAAGACUGGCGUCGAAAAUGGUACAGCAGAAAAAGAAACGAAAACGGAAAGUUCUCAAGAGAAAAUUAAACCCCCUCCAGAGAAAAAACCCCGCUUAAAUUGAAAAAAAUAUUUGUAAUAUUUGUAAUUCCACUUUAUGUUCUAUGAACGUAAUAAAUGUAUUUAUUUUUCA